AUGAUAUGGGUCACCCAGCAAGCGCAAGUGACUCUGGCAGCCAAAGCGGUUCAAGCUGCCCAACAAGCCCUGGCCAUAGUAGGAACCAAACAAGCCAAGGCUGACCAGAUUUCACUGGCCGCCCAAGCUGCCAAGGCCACUGCAUUUGCCGAAUCUGCACAAGCCGAUCAAGCUGCCCAGACCGUUCAGGCUGCUGAAGCAACCAAAGUCCGGGCCUUGCAACAGGCUCAAGCUUUGGAAGCUGCUGCCAAGGCUGCCAAGUCUCACGCUGCCCAGACUGUCGCUGCUGUCAAUGCUGCCCAGGAGCAACAGGCUUCUCAGACCCAGCUGGCAUUUCAAACCCAAGCGAACGCCCAAGCAUUGGUUUACAGACAACAGGCUUCAUUGGCUGAUCUUGCCGCUGCCCAGCAAGCGGCCAACAAGGCAUACUCGGUUGCCCAAGCGGCCCAAGCCACAGCUUCUGGUACUGGUGGAGGUUUUUACUGUUGA